AUGAGUCUACAACAGGCGCCUUACGGCACAUGGAACUCUCCAAUCACUGCGGAGGUGAUCACCAAAGGCGCAAAUUCAAUCAGUGAAAUCAUUGUAGAUCGCGUUACAUCGGAAGUAUACCACUUGGAAACGAGGCCUUCUGAGAAGGGUAGAAGUGUACUUGUUCACACCAACUCCAAUCGUGACAUUGUUGGACCGAACUGGAAUGUGAGAACAGGCGUGCAUGAAUACGGUGGCGCACCCGCAAUUGUCCACGAUGGAGUGGCAUAUUUCUCCCAUUAUGUGGAUGGUCGUGUCUACCGUGUAGGAGUCGAAGAUGACUCACAACCUGUGCCUAUAACUCCAGAUAAUAAACCAUACCGCUAUGCCAGCCUUGACCAGCAUCCCACGCACCCUGAACUUUUGAUUUCCAUUCUUGAAGAUCAUACCAUUGAUAUUCCAUCUGAAAUUGUCACGACUCUUGUUGUGAUUAACUCUGCUACGAAAACCGUCGAACCACUCGUAUCUGGUGCUGAUUUCUAUGCUCUUGCCAAGUUCUCUCCAGCUGGCGACAAACUCGCAUGGAUUCAGUGGUUCCACCCUGACAUGCCUUGGGAGGGUGGUGAGCUCCAUGUGGCAGAUGUUGUCUUCAGUGGUGAUAAGACCAUAUCAAUCAAAAAUUCCAAGCGUGUGGCAGGGGAGCGCGGUCGUAUCAGCGCGUCGUAUCCUGCAUGGGCAAACAACGACACGUUGAUUUUUACCACGGAUGAAUCCGGUUAUGUAAACCCAUGGAAAUUCGUUCGAAAUACGGCUUCGCCUUUGUUUUCCACACCCAUUGAGGAGGGCUUCGGACAGCCGUUAUGGAUUCUAAAUUUCUUUCCAUAUGUCAUCCUCGGAGACAGGGGAGAGAUAGUGUUAUUCAAAGCCUCAAAAGAUGGCCGAGAUGUUCUCUAUCUUUUCGACCUCGAAAAGGAUUCUAGGCCUACACCCCUUCCCAAUCCUUUCGUGGUGAUCGAUAAUAUCAGGGUAGUAUCUGCCAAAAACAAGGUAUUUGUUUUCACAGGGGAGAAGACGAACGAAAAAAACUCCGUCAUCCAAUGUUCCAUUUCGUCGUUGCUUGACGCUGAAUUCCUACCUUUGACUGCGUCUUCUUCCGGAGAGGGUGACACACCGCUAUCUCCCAGACUCGUGUCAGAACCACAACCUUUUACGCUGAAGGCACCCCCUGAAGGUGACCCGCUUCACGUCGUCUAUUACCCUCCUUGGAAUCCCAAUUAUUCUGGAAGCAGCAUAGAUGGAGAGAAACCUCCCUGUAUUGUUAAUGUUCACGGGGGGCCCACUGGUUUAACGGAGCAAGGUCUACGAUGGUCGAAGCAAUACUUUACUUCAAGAGGAUGGGCAUGGCUUGAUGUCAAUUACGGAGGCUCGUCAGGAUAUGGUAGGCGUUAUGUUGAAAGGCUUAACGGUAAAUGGGGCAUAGUCGACGUUCAGGAUUGUACCCUUGCCCCUCAAAUUCUUGCUUCUGCUCCCUAUAACCUCAUUGACUCCAAACGGCUGAUCAUCCGUGGCGGUUCCGCGGGAGGUUUCACAGUCCUCGCUGCACUAUCCAUCGCCAAGGAUGUCACAACGUUUGCUGCGGCCACUUCUCUCUAUGGCGUUUCAGACUUGGGUAAACUUGCAGAAUUUACCCAUAAGUUUGAAUCUCGUUACCUCGAUCAUUUGGUUGGCGGAACAGUCGAGGAGGCACCAAACUUAUAUAAAGAACGCUCACCUAUUUAUCAUGCAGAACGUAUUGUGACACCUUUACUUAUUUUACAAGGAGAGAUCGACAUGGUCGUGCCGAAAGGUCAAGCGGAAGCAAUCUAUGAGAGUAUUCAGAGUCGUGGAGGCGUGGUGGAAUAUAAGUUGUACCCAGGGGAAGGACAUGGGUGGCGUCAGGAAGACAAUAUGCGUGAUGCUCUGGAGCGAGAAUUGGGGUUCUAUGAGAGGAUCUUUAACUUGAAGAAAUAG